GCCCAAAUUGAAAUCCAGGAAAAAGACUCCGACUGACUCACUGUGAGCGAAGACAAAGCUGAGAGAGACCAUGGAUAUGGAGUCAACGGCGACGGCGAUCGGAGUAUCGGUGCCGGUACUCCGGUUCCUUCUAUGCUUCGUUGGCACUAUUCCAGUCGGCUUCUUCCACCGCUUCAUCCCCGGCGGCCCUACCGGGAAACACUUGUACGCCGCCUUGACUGGCGCUUUGCUCUCUUACUUAUCCUUUGGUUUCUCCUCGAAUCUACACUUCUUUGUGCCUAUGUUGGUUAGUUACGGGUCAAUGGUGCUCUAUCGAAAACGUUGCGGCUUGAUUACGUUUGUGCUGGCUAUGGGAUACCUCAUUGGGUGCCAUGUAUACUACAUGAGUGGGGAUGCAUGGAAGGAAGGAGGCAUUGAUGCUACAGGAGCUCUUAUGGUGAUAACAUUGAAAGUGAUUUCAUGUGCUAUAAAUUACAAUGAUGGAUUGUUAAAAGAUGAAGAUCUUCGUGAAUCUCAAAAGAAAAAUCGGUUAAUUAAACUUCCCUCUUUGAUUGAGUAUGUGGGAUUUUGCCUCUGUUGUGGAAGUCACUUUGCAGGUCCAGUUUAUGAAAUUAAAGAUUACUUGGAUUGGACAGAAGGGACAGGGAUUUGGGCAAAAUCUGAAAAGGGUACACCAUCACCAUUUGGAGCAACCCUAAAAGCCCUUUUGCAAGCUGGAUUUUGCAUGGGUUUAUAUUUAUACUUAUCACCUCAAUAUCCACUCUCAAAAUUCACUGAUCCAACAUACAAAGAAUGGGGAUUCUUGAAAAAACUAAGCUACCAAUACAUGGCUGGAUUUACAGCCCGUUGGAAAUACUAUUUCAUAUGGUCGAUUUCAGAAGCUUCUAUUAUCAUUUCGGGCUUGGGUUUUAGUGGAUGGACCAAUUUGCCCUCACCCGUGGCCCGAUGGGAACGUGCCAAAAAUGUUGAUGUCUUGGGAGUCGAGUUCGCUAAGAGUUCCGUCGAAUUACCCCUUGUGUGGAAUAUUCAAGUCAGCACAUGGCUUCGUCAUUAUGUUUAUGACAGACUUGUUCAGAAGGGGAAGAAAGCUGGAUUCUUUCAGUUACUUGCAACACAAACCGUUAGUGCUGUAUGGCAUGGAUUAUAUCCGGGAUACAUGAUAUUUUUUGUUCAAUCGGCUUUGAUGAUUGCUGGCUCAAGAGCCAUUUACAGGUGGCAACAAUCGGUCAACCCAACGCUUAAGAAUAUUUUUAUGCUUCUUAACUUCCUUUAUACACUUCUAGUGCUCAACUACUCUUGCGUUGGUUUCAUGGUGUUAAGCUUACAUGAGACACUGACUGCAUACGGGAGUGUAUACUACAUUGGAACUGUUAUUCCUGUUGUUUUGAUCGUUCUUGGUAACAUAAUCAAACCAAAGUCAGCCAAAUCCAAAGCACGAAAAGAACAGUGAUUUGUUCGGUUGUGACACAUGUAGAAUCAGUUGUAGUUGUUUAUUUUUAUUUUUAUUUUUGUAUUUUUUUUGGAUUAAGCUUUGUGGUUUUGGAGUGUUGUAGAAUAAUUUAUAAUUAUAUUGUAUGAAUACAGUAUAAUUGAGAACA